AUGGAUUCAACUGCAACGAAAGCAGUGAAGCCUGACGCAAAUAUGGCCAAGAAACGACGUGUUUCGGGAUAUGUCCCCAUGAGGGCGACGGUACAAGCUGAAGGAAACAAUAAUCUCAUGGAUCUACAAGGUUUGUAUCGAUUUUCAAAUUUCCUAUUUCUCUGGCAAAAAAUCCACAAAGAAAAUCCAGACGGGUCCUACAGCGAUCGGAGUUUGGCAUCGAGGCGGCUCGAUAAAAAGAGGAUGAACUUGCCCCUGAUAGUUCAGGUAAGCCUUGAACUGAGAUUCCCUAUAUCAUCAGAAUAAGAUGAUGAUGAACACUGGCCCUGGAUUCAUGACUCCAGCCUUCUACCCCUUGAACAAAUCGCAUGAAGAUGACGUUUUCGAGUCGGCCGAUGUGAGUUUUUAUUUUUGGGACCUUUCUGGAUGAAAAGUACGCUUUCAGAGCUCGGACGCCAACAAAACGUGA